AUGGCCGACCUCCCCAAUACUAUACCAAUGUAUCCCAAUCCAGCCCAUAGCCAGCCUCCAAGAUCCGACACUCCAACAGCCCCAACGAGUAAAACCCCAGCAGUCACUACCGCUCAACGAGCCACAAGUACUGCCUUCGAAUCUGCCAAGCCCAGCUCCAACGACAACGACCCCAUACCUCGCCAUCCCACUAAUUCCUCGUCGGAUGAAGAGAACCAGCCUCCGGAUUACUCCCAUGACAAUGACCCCUACCAGCUCUCUACGAAGCUCAAAACCGACAGCGAGAUCGAGGCAAUACGUGCAAAUACCUCUCGGAAAAGAGAUGGCUACGGUCCUAUCACUCUGAACAAAGAGGCGCACAAGGCUAAGAAACUUCAGGACUUCUAUGAGAAUCAGAACGAAAAUAUCCAGAAAUGGCUCAAGCCCGUCGACGAGCACAUAAGGCUGGCUAAAAUCUUCCAAGGGGAAAACCAUCUCAAGUACCAGAUCGCUGUGCGAGGCUCUUUCGUCGCUAACCUCCUCCUCGCUGUCCUGCAGACCUAUGCCGCCAUUUCUGCUGGCAGUUCGCUCUCCUUGUUCACCACCAUGGCCGACGCCAUUUUCGAUCCUAUGUCCAACAUCACCCUCAUCGUCUGCAAUCGCGCCGUCAAAAGAGUCGACCCUCGAAGAUUCCCCUCGGGCAAAGCUCGUAUCGAAACCGCGGGAAACAUCGUGUUCUGCUUCCUUAUGACCGCCGUCUCCUGGAUCAUCAUUGUUCUAUCCCUCAUGGAGCUGAAACAAGGCACUUCAGAAAAGACGAAACCCCUACAUCUACCCUCUGUAAUAGCGGUGGCCAUCGCAGGUGUUACAAAGCUCGCGCUGUUUUGCUACUGCUGGACCCUGCGUAACGUCUAUUCUCAGAUCCGUAUUCUCUGGGAAGAUCACCGCAAUGACCUUUUCAUUAACGGCUUUGGUCUCCUCACUUCCGUCGGUGGCAGUAAAUUGAAGUGGUGGAUCGAUCCGAUGGGCGCUAUCAUGCUUUCUUGCUUGAUCUCAUACCUCUGGCUCUCUACCGCCUACUCAGAGUUUCAGCUCCUCAUCGGUGUAACAGCAGACACGCAAAUGCAGCAAUGGAUCACCUACAUCUCCAUGACGCAUUCUCCCGCCAUCGUUGCCAUUGACACCGUUCGGGCCUACCACUCCGGUCCGCGGAUCAUAGUGGAAGUCGAUAUUGUCAUGGACUCCUCGGAGACCUUGCGCACUACGCACGACGUGGCUGAAGCGCUACAGAUGAAGCUGGAAAGUUUGCCGCAUGUUGAGAGGGCAUAUGUGCACAUUGACUUUGAGACGAGCCACAAACCGGAGCAUUUCUUGAAGAAAGAAUUGUAG